AUGAUUGGUGUAUGUGCCUAUCUUAAUUGCAAAGAAUGUAUUCUCAUAUGUUUUUUACAGCUCAAACCGUUGCCCAACUCACUUGACGAUGAUGUCCGGGUCCAUCAGUUGUUUACCGACUAUUCGGUCCGUAUCUGGGGUGUAGGACUCGAGCCCGAGCAUAGGUAUCACUUCGAUUUUGUCGACCCUCGCACAGGUCAUCCAGUCAAUCUGCCCCCUAAGUGGAAUAUUUUCAUCGCUCCUGGCUCACUGUCGUGUUUGCCGUUCCCAACUAUGAUGGCCGCUAUGAUGCCAGUGGGCUCGCCGAUGCUAUCAAUGGAAAGGGGCCACGGCUUAAAAUUCCGUGAAGUUCUUCCAGGAGAGGAGAAGUAUUUGUGCCCUGAAGGCACGAGACUCCGGGUCGUUUCUCCCGAGGGAUGUGAAGCCUUCUUUGAGCUUCCGGUUCGGGAAUCCAUUCACAUUGAGGCGAACCGAGUUAUCGUUAUCCGUAUGUCUUAA